AUGAACAGCGAACUGCGUACCAAAGUGGAAGCGGCUUGUCGCACAGCCGAAGACUUCACACGUCUGUACUAUGCCUCCCUGGACAAUCGGCGACAUCAAAUGGGACGACUGUACAUAGAUAGCGCGACGUUCAGUUGGAAUGGCAAUGGCGCCACUGGACGCGAAACAAUCGAACGCUACCUUAAAGAGUUGCCCUCAUCGCGCCAUCAACUGACCACGCUGGAUGCGCAACCGAUUUUGGAUGAUGCCGAGGGCCAUCAGACCACAUACAUUAUCCUGGUCGGCGGCACAGUGAAAUAUUCGGAUCAGGCUGCGCGCAAUUUUCAGCAAUCGUUUGUGAUAACGGCCGAGAAUGAUAAAUGGAAAAUUGUCUCUGAUUGCUAUCGCCUGCAGGAGCCGUUAUAAAGCGUUUAAAAAUCUAGCUUAAAAUUAGUUUUAAUUAGAUUUAAACGCAUUAAGCUUAAGAGAGCGAGAGAGAGAGAGA